AGUUGUGAGAGCGAAGCAAGCAAGCAGAGAGGAGGCUGCUGGACUGUUAUCCUGUUCUACGUUUCUUUACAGCUAGUCAGUCAUAUACUAACCUGAGUGGGAUCAUGGCCCUAGUCCGGCUGUUCUACUCCCUCGCUGUGCUGCUCAAAUUGGCUCUGUCUGUGGACCAUGUACCUAUGCUGCUCUGGUCAACUCACAGCUCACUGUGGAACUCUGAAGCUACUUUACAUGAGGGACACAUUAUCUCAAAGAAGGAGCUGCAUAUGCUACUGCAACCUGUGUUUACUCAGGAUUCCAAGAACCUUGUCUUGUUCCUUCAAGAUACGCUUAGCAUCGAUGACUUCACACAUUACAGUGAAUCUUAUGAAAAUGAGAAGCCAUUUCACAAUGUUCAGGAACUCCUUGAGUCUUCAUCAUCCUCUUUAGUUUUAUCGGCUGUUGACUGUCAGGCUACCAGUUACCUUCUGGAUUAUCUUCAAGAAUCAAUGGAUUGGAAGCUAACAGACAUAGAUGAGUUUGAGGUAUCUAAGCUGAAAGUAGACACAUCCAAGCCCAACAUAUUUGUGGUAAAGCUACAGCCAAUCAGCAGAUUAAAUGAUAUUUCUACUGCAAACGCUUUCGCUGCAAAUGACAAAAUAAUUGGAAGACUGACUAUGAGUCUGCAAAAACAAGGAAUUCAGUUUUCAGUAAUUUAUACUGCAAUGAGACCUUCAAGGAUUCCCAGAAGACCCAAUAUAGUGUUGGAAUCAAGACGGCGACUCCUGGCCACUGAAGCGCAAGUGACAGAUGCAUACUAUCCACUGAAUGUGACCAAUGGAACCAGCACAUGCAUCCUUUUUUAUGCCAGUAAUUUCAGCCUCACAGCCAACAAAUCAGUUCAUGCGGAUUUGACAAAUUUAACAUUUGUGUCCCGUAAGGUGGACUUCAGUUCAUCUGUUUGUUCAGACACCAAUUCAACGUUGUCGUUGAACUAUACUGGGUUAGUGGAUGGAAUCAACAACCUAAAAAUAAGAUUUCUAAUGACCAAGAAGUUCUAUACAGGCUCUGCUCGAAAAUGGUUUACUUUAGAUUCUGUUGAGAUUGCACAUGACAACCAAAUGGUCGCUAGAUUUAAUGUCUCUAUCAUCUCUGCUCCUGCGGAGUAUUCAUUUCAUUGUCAGCUGGUGGGGACCAGCAGUCUCUAUGGUGCAAAGCUGAUUCCAGCCAACAGUGAAGCAAAGAACUGGGAUGUUUACCUUUCAGAGUUCCAAAUUCAAGGCUUCAAUAUUCAUAAUAACUUGUUUUCCUACGCAAGCGACUGUACAUCUUUCUUCUCCCCUGGAAUCUGGAUGGGCUUGGUGACGUCAAUAGUUUUAUUAUGGAUCCUGACCUAUGGAAUCCACAUGAUCAUGCAGCUCACAACAAACAGUAGAUUUGAUGAUCCCAAAGGCCAAGCUCUGUCAGUUCCUCAAACAGAGUAG